UUUCUGGUUGGUUAAGGGGUUUACCGGUGACUACGCACGGGCUGACUGCGAGGGGCUGGUCUCCCGACUGACUGGUGGAGGUAUUUUGGUCGCAAAGUUACCAUACAAGAAAAUGUCGGCUAUCUCGGCAGCAGAGAAAGUGGACGGGUUCACACGAAAAUCCGUGAGAAAAGCACAGAAACAGAAGAGAUCGCUGGGCUCGUCUCAGUUCCGGACCCAGAGCCAUCUGGUCGAGCUUUCACCCCUACCACAGCUCAAAGAUGCCCCUAGAACGGAGCAGCAAGAGCUCUUCUGUCAGAAGCUACAGCAGUGUUGCAUGCUUUUCGAUUUCAUGGAACCUGUUGCAGACCUGAAGAGCAAAGAAAUUAAACGGGCAACGCUAAACGAACUGGUGGAUUUUGUCUCCACAAACAGAGGUGUGCUGGUUGAGGCAGCUUACCCUGAAAUUGCUGCAAUGAUUAGCACCAAUAUUUUCCGAACACUUCCUCCCAGUGACAACCCAGAUUUUGACCCUGAAGAGGAUGAACCCACUCUUGAGGCCUCGUGGCCUCAUAUACAGCUGGUGUACGAGUUUUUUCUAAGGUUCUUGGAAAAUCCUGAUUUCCAGCCUAGCAUUGCAAAGCGAUACAUUGACCAAAAGUUUGUGCUGCAGCUUUUGGAACUGUUUGACAGUGAAGAUCCACGAGAGCGAGACUUCUUAAAAACUGUGCUGCACCGGAUUUAUGGGAAAUUCCUGGGGUUAAGAGCAUUCAUCAGGAAACAGAUAAACAACAUCUUUUUACGGUUCAUUUACGAAACCGAGCAUUUUAAUGGAGUUGCCGAGCUGCUGGAGAUCUUAGGAAGUAUCAUCAACGGUUUUGCACUACCUUUAAAAGCAGAACACAAACAGUUUCUAAUGAAGGUUUUGAUUCCUAUGCACACAGUUAAGGGUCUGACUCUGUUUCACGCACAGCUGGCCUACUGUGUUGUACAGUUCUUGGAAAAAGACUCCACCCUUACUGAACCGGUCAUUAGAGGAUUGCUGAAGUUUUGGCCAAAAACUUGCAGUCAGAAGGAGGUCAUGUUCUUGGGUGAAAUUGAGGAAAUCCUUGACGUCAUUGAGCCAACACAGUUUAAAAAGAUUCAUGAACCUCUGUUCAAGCAGAUAGCAAAGUGUGUCUCCAAUCCUCACUUUCAGGUAGCUGAACGAGCUUUAUAUUUCUGGAAUAAUGAAUAUAUUCUGAGUCUAAUUGAGGAAAACAUUGACAAAAUCCUACCAAUUAUGUUUGGUAGCUUGUACAGAAUCUCCAAAGAGCACUGGAACCCGACGAUUGUAGCUCUGGUUUACAAUGUUCUGAAGACAUUAAUGGAGAUGAACAGCACUUUGUUUGAUGAUUUAACAGCCUCAUAUAAAGCAGAAAGACAACGUGAGAAGAAGAAAGAGCAGGAGCGCGAGGAGCUGUGGCGGAAGCUGGAUGAGCUGAGGGUGAAGGAAGCUUCAGGCAUGCUGAACAACACUCACAGCCUGCAGAACGCUCAAAACAAUAACAACACAAGUGCCAAAUGACACGGGAUCCACAACACAGCUACAACGUCUGCUGGAUGGGCAACAAUUUUUUCUACUCGAUCAUUUUUGAAACAUGUGAGAACUAUCAAGAGGAAACCUCAUCAGUAUGUUAAAAAUUAAAAAAAAUAUAUAUAUAAAUAUAUUAAAGCCAAUUAUUUUUGGCAAGCUAUAAAUAAGAAUCUGUGGACUUUUAAGAAUAUUUUUGGGAUGUUAGUGUGACCACAGUUGAUUUUGUAACCUUGUCUAAUCCAUUGACUUAGCUAUUUCACUGAGAAAUUAGUUUUAUUAUCAUUUUGUGAUAUGAGUGAGGAAUAAAAUAUUACGGGAGUGGUGAAAAUUAUGACCUGAAAAUGUUUUGAUUGUGCUGCACAUAGACAAAUUUAGUCAGCUAUUUAAAGUAAUGAUUUUCCUAUUUUAUAUGUGCUUUCCACACUGCUGUAGGAGUGGGGGGGUGAAAAAAAAAGAAUGGUAAAGUUGUGCUGUUUCCUUGUAUAAAACCAGAGGAUCUAUGUCCCUCACCUCCCAUGGGUGCCCUUUCCACUUGGGUGUUUAUUUCCUUUCUAAAGAUAAAUUGUUUCAUUUAUUUCAACCAUUAUAUAUAUAUAUAUAUAUAUAUAUACACACACAGAUAUAUAUAUAUAUAUAUAUAUAUAUAUAUAUAUAUAUAUAUAUAUAUAUAUAUAUAUAUAUAUAUAUAUAUAUAUAUAUCUGUGUGUGUAUAUAUAGAUAGGACACAUGGGACUUAAAUGCAGCCAUAAAUUACCUAUUUAAGUAUUAAUAAAUAUGAACUGCAGAAAAUAUUGGCCACAGAGUAUUUUUAAUGUCCUUAUUAAAGUAUUUUCAAAAAAUAAAUUAAGUAAAAGAGAGCUAACAAGAUAUGAGCCAUAUUUUUAAGCACCUGGGAUUCAUUUUUAGAGGGUCGGAGCAUUAUCUUAACAUGGAAGACUGAGAAGUUCAGGGGGAAAAAAUGUAUGUUUGUAUUCUCUAUCUAGUUUUUCUGAUGCCUUUUGUCAGAGUACCAUUCCAAUCUCUGUUAACAUACAAUUGUGGUGAAAACUGUUGUGAUGAAAGACCACCUUUGGGGUUUUGAACAUCAUUGAAUAAAGUCUGCUUUAUGUUUCUA